CAAUGAAUCGACACCGCGAUAGAUAAACUUAUUAUCUUUUAUUAAUAACAAUGGCUUCAGUGUAGUUCUAUAUUUUUCACAAAGUUGAGUUUUAUUACAGUUUGUUGCAGUGUUUUUGUCUUAUUUACGCAGUUUUAAAAAUGGUUUGCAAGUAUUUUCUGUUUAUGUUAGUAUUCCUAACUACAUGUAUACACAUUUUUGCUUGGACAGACUGCGGUUCGGUUGAUGGUUCAAUUGCAAAAGUCCAAGUCAGUAACUGUUCACAAAAUGCAAGGAGAUGUAUUUUAAAACGAGGUAGUAAUGCCACUAUGACCAUCGACUUUAAACCAAAAGUCGACUCAGAUAGCGUUAAAGCUGUAGUUCAUGGAAUUAUUAUGGGUGUACCAGUCCCAUUUGAUUUGCCCAAUUCUGAUGGCUGCCUAAACUCAGGAAUAAAAUGCCCAAUUAAAGCAGACGGAGAAUAUAAAUAUUUUACAAAUAUGCCUAUUUUAAAUGAAUAUCCUAGGGUGACGGUUGAUAUUAAAUGGGAACUUCAGGACUCAAUUGGAAAAAACCUUAUCUGCGCAUUAAUUCCAGCUAAACUCCAAUAAUUUAAAUUUGAAAAACUCCUGUGAUUUAAGAUUAUAUAUAUAGAUAAAAUAUAAUACAUAAUGUAAUAAAUAUUGACUAUACAUAAAAAUACAUAGUUUUCGAAUAUGACAAUUUCUGAAAAUUUACAAGUUCUUUUUAGAAUUAAAAACAUGUUAUAUAAAAUAUAUAUUUUAAUAAAACAAAA